AUGAGCCUCACUGAGCCUCACAUGGAUAUACCCUUAUCUUCAAGUCUAUCUCUCAACGAUCUACCCAUACACUGCCCUCGAUCGGACCUCGGCAGAACCAUGUCAUUACCAUACCUGAAGCAGCGACUGCAAGCCUUUCGUCGAGACAGCAUCAAACGACGAAACAUCGCACGUGACAACGGCAUUACAUUCCAACUUGGAGAUGACCCAGCGCCAUCCUCUGUGGCACUGCCAGCAGCCAAUGAAAUCACAGGACAAUCUCCUGUGAUAGCCGUCCGCAGAUCACCCUCUCAAAACCGAAAAAGAUAUCUCGUACAACAGUGGUUAAGUCAGCAGUCAAAACGAUUUGGUAGAGUCAGUCGCCGUUACGACUCAGUGGUUCUCUCCCCAGAAGACAUCCAGAAAGAGCUCAAGCUACUAAGUAAUGAUGCAACUCGUUCGGUUGCAGGUCCUGACGGCGAAUCACUGCCAGCUUGGGUCAUCGACGACUUCUUCAAGUUGCACUCAGCCGGUGGGAGUGGCUGGCAGGAAUCAGGGCUGUGGGAAGCCCACUUAGGCAAGUGGGAACAUCACAAGCAGUAUUGCAUAAAGUGCGACCGUAGCUACUGCAGAGCCAUGCGUAAGACAGAACAUACACCUCCUCUACCGUGUGUUGCACUAUUGCCGCCGACUUCACACACAUGCUCGGCCCUGAACCAGAACCCGCGCAAAAAACCGAGCGAAUCCGAUGAUGUCCACUUCACAGUUUCAAUAUGGCGUCGUGGAUCCCGUCGACGAAGAGACAAGGGAAAGGAGCCAGCUUUGGAUCAGGAAUGGUGCAAUCCCCUUGAUGAAUUGCUCAUCAGUCCUUGCACGCAAGCGCCAGAUCGCCCAAGAGCUCCGCGUACUCCCAGAAAUGGCAUUGUCAUUCAAGAAGCUAUUCAAUGUCAACGAAGGAAGCCUGUCCGGUGCUUGUUCAGUACGACGCCCCUCGAUCCUUGCCAGAUACCCGUACCUGCGAUUCCUGAUUUAUAUCCUGAGGACUCGGGGACUCUCGACCUCUCUGGCCCCUCUCAUGUCACCGGUCGCCCGUACGGUGCAUCUCUGCUCCAAGGAAAACGUCUGCCCUUUCCUCUGUGCAUCAACCUCUUACCACCACCGACUCCUCAGCUCAAGCCUGAGCAGCGCCUUACUCCCAUACCGGAGCCACUGAAGCUCGAGGACCCUUUGCAACUAUCCGCGAACAGAGAACUCUUCGACAUCCCACCAAUCACAAAAGUCAGUCGUGGUGCCACCAAGGUGCAGCGAGGCGGAUUUCUGGGACAGGUGAAUGCCUCCAGCACUAAUCCUUACUCCCUCGUGGACAUCCUGCCGAACCCACACAACAGCAGCGCUCCCCUACACUGUUCUCAGACGCACAAACCCAUCCACAGUAGCCCAAAGUCCGGCGAAUCUCUUCCCACAUCUCCCGACUCGCAAUGCAACAGUGGCGUCGGCGACAUCCCAGACCUCAGUUUUGGCGCUACAGAUCCACUCCCAACUCGAUCUACCCGACCAACUCGCAUUCCCACGGGAUCAGCAGACCGCGACAGGAGAAAUUGCACGCUCUCGGAUACCACGGGGUCGUCCCUGCCGGACUGUCCUGUUUACAUGAAUGCCCUAGAAGCGAGGAAUAGGAAGAAUGAGAGGAUGGCAAAGAGACAUUGGCCUGGGAUGUGCAUUUGGCGGUAUCGUUGCGAUGAUGAAGACGAGUGA